CACUUGUCAGUCAGUGUCAGUACACGCGUUCAUCUGGUACCGUUAGUGUGGUACUACUGUCCAGAGCCGCUCUAUAUAAAACCGCUCUAUAGACUCUAUCUGCUUGCUUGAUUUCGCGCAUCAUGUGCGUGCAACCGGACGUCUUGCGCACCGGUUUGCUCUAAACAAAGGAUACUCAAGAGACUCCGUAAGUUAUCCAUCACCUUGUGCUCUAAAAUCUUCUUCAAUGAAUGUGCUUGUUUACCUUUUUGUUCGUUACCUGUGAAGUGUCAGUGUUAGAAAAUUCGCACCGGGAGGCAACGCAUUAUCUGGUGCACUACAACUAGCUUAAUUGGAUCUGGGCUGUGUUGUGGGCGUCCGAUUCACGUGGUGACCGUCGAGCGCUGCUUGUGGGCCGGGGGUGAGGCACCCAUGUCCUCGGCUGGCGAAUCGCCCCUUGCAGUGGGGCCAUGCGUGAGCUAGACGGCCCCACGCUCCGACACCUGACCAAGGACCAACAGCCCCACAUUCAUGUACACCCCCUGCUCGACGUUAACGAGCUGGAGAAGAGGAUUCCUCUCGCAGCGCAGACAAGUUACUGCGCAGAGCUGGAGGAGUUGCAGGAGCUGCUCCACUUCCCUGAAGAGGUUGCUCUGCGCCUGGCCGACACUGAGUAUCAACUGUUCUAUCAGGUUCCACCGAUCGAUUACCUACGGCAGGUGACCUUGGACCUUGGGGGAGCUACGGGCACGUCGUCCGAGAGCCUCCCUGGAAACUCCUCAGCGAGGUCUUCUGUAGCCACUCUCAUCAAACGUUUCAACGAGGUGAGCGCGUGGGUGACGCAGUUGAUAAUCUCCCAGCCCACGCACGAUGCUCGUCGAGCCGUUCUCUCGUGCGUCCUCAGAGUGGCGUUAUCCUGCUGGAACAUCGGCAACUUCAAUGGAGCCAUGGAGAUUAUUGCCGGCCUCAAGUCCAAUAAACUCAAGCCGUUCUGGCUGUCCAUUACGGAGAAAGAGACGUUGCCGGUGCUGGACUUCCUGUCGGCGGCGCUCCUCUCCGCCGAAUAUGAUCGUGCCUUAAGCAGGGCCUUGGCCAUGGCCGAAUGCCCGGUGGUGCCGUUCUUCGGGGCCUUCCUCAGAGAGCUGAGGGAGAUCCUGGCGUCGGGGCCGCCAGGACACGACCCUGCUGCGGGCUCGGAAGCCAUGCCGCCGCCGAAGCCGCCAAAGGCCGACGCGCGGAGAGAUCGGGACCAACAGCUCCAGCAAAGACAAGUGUUCAUAUCAGAUUACAAUGGAGAAGACCAUCAUUUCACCAGAAUCGGUCCGGGCGGACUCAUCAACUUGGAGAAAAUAUAUCGGACACAAGCCGUUAUGGACCACAUUUCCCUCUGUCAUCAGCAUUAUCAUACCCGCAAUCGUCUUUCACCUACCGUUAGUCUCAUCGAAUAUCUUAAGUCGACGACUGUAAAUGAACAGCGCGUUUUAGCAGCUGCUCCCCCACAAAGAACUGAAUUAGACGCUGAAUAUGACUGUGAUGUAGAUGACUAUCAUCCUGUACAACCGCUUGUUCACGAUCACGGUGUUAGCUUCGUUUGUCUAUCGUCUCCACUUACGAAAAUUGACCAACAUGUCAUGCAGAUACUUCACCACGGAAGUACGGCAGUUUUGUGGGAGGGUGUCGAAGGCCCGUCUCCCCCUGGCGUUCGAGGCGCGCUAUUCUACUUGAGGCUGGACCGGUCCUCCACGACUUUGACGUGGGUUAGGCCCAGUUGGAGUGGACUGAAGGCCGGCAACACGAACGAUUCCGAUCCUUUUUCAACCGAUUUUAAUUUGUCCUUCAAUCCUGAAGAGACGCUAGCUCCGGGCCUACUCACUAAACUGGCGCUACAAGCUUCCGGGGAACAAUCCACCGGAACGACGCUGGAUGACGGAUUUUUGGACUUAAUGGCAGUAAAAGAGGUACAUUUGGGGGGAAGAGACGCCGAGAAGGACUCAGAGCUUGCGACAGUGGCUCGCAGGUACGGCCUCACUCACGAACCAGGAAACGAAUGCGCGCUUACAAUCCUCUACGGGUAUAGUUUGAGCGACAAUAGACUACUUUACAUCGUAUGUCCAUCAGCUAUAUGCAGGGUGUGGUUCAAUGGUUUAUGUUGGCUGAUUCGCGGCUUAUCGAGGCAGCAAACCCUGUCUGAUCGCCGUCUUCUUUGGUUACGCGAACAAUACAUGCAACUCUAUCACGAAGACGGAUACUGUUGUGGUCCCUUGGCGGCAGACGCAAUUCGGUCUUUUGGGGGUAGAGAUUGGUCUCUCGCCGGUGUGACGGGUACGAAUCAAGCCGGGGAACCAUCGGGGGCUCUAAGACGCGAAGUUUCGAUGAAAAUCAAAAAGAAACAGCUUCUCAGCAAUCAAACGUUCAAAGAUCGCAGUCUGAGGAGUCAGUUCGUCGAACCGGUGACUAUGUGCAUGGAAAGCAGCUACUGGAGGAACCCCACUCAUCACAGGCAGUCGACGCCGACGACGUUUCCGGACCACCAGCCUGAUGUCUCCAGACACCACAGUCUGGGGCAACUGGCUUACAACUCCUCUCAACCGAAAUUCGACAGGGACCGCCACGGCUCGACGGAGCACUUGUGGCACGGAAGGCAUCCUCGAGUCGGCUCAAUCCUCUACGAUACUCAAUUAGACUUUGUAGAUUUCGUGACUCUUUUUCGUUCGUUUAGUUUAUUAAUUCGGAAAGAUUUAAGAGAUCUGUUCGAACAAUUAGCAAUAUCUUAUCGAAGCAUGGCUGUGAAUACUUCAACAAAAGUAAACGGUGUGAAAACCAAAGUGGAAGCGAAGAAACCGCAAAAGUUGGGCUUGCUAACGCGCAACAGUCGGGCCGAACUCGAAGGCUCCGUUGUCAAUUCGCAGAAGAAGAUUUUUGACGCGAUCGCAGCAGCGAGCAUCUUCACCAAUUGCGCCGGAAUUGAUACCAACAACUCGCAAGUGAUCACGAUGUCGACUUUUACGAAAUUUCUCGAAACCAGACAAAUGGAAGUUUGGACAGAGGAACAAGUGAAAGCACUCAUACACAGGCACGAAUCGGACGCGACUUUGCGAGCUCAGAACUGCUUGUCCUUUGAGGGUUUCGCAAGAUACCUAAUGGAUAAGGACAAUUACGCCUUUGUCAAUGAACGCGAAGUUCCUAAUGAAAGUGAUAUGGGUAGGCCAAUGUCGACGUAUUACGUGGCGUCGUCGCACAACACCUACCUCACGGGACACCAGCUCAAGGGCGAAUCGUCCGUCGAGCUGUACAGUCAAGUCUUAUUGACAGGCUGCAGAUGCGUCGAAUUGGACUGCUGGGACGGCGACGACGGCUUUCCGAUGAUCUACCACGGACACACUUUCACCACCAAAAUUCCGUUCAAUGCUGUUGUAGAGACGAUCGACAAAAAUGCCUUUGUUACUUCUCCUUAUCCUGUGAUCCUAUCAAUAGAAAACCACUGUUCUCUACAGCAACAGACCAGAAUGGCCCUCGUGUUUCAGAGAGUUUUCGGGGAGAAGUUAGUUACAAAUUUCUUAUUUGAAGCUGACUAUAGUGAUGAACCGUCGUUGCCUUCACCAGAACAAUUAAAAAAUAGAAUUCUUAUAAAAAAUAAAAAGUUAAUAAUGGAAGUGCCUGCGCCGUUAAGUUUUUCCGCAAUGUCCACGCCUGGCAGACCUGGUUCCGGGAUCCGGCAUUCAGUCCCUGGCCGAACCAGCUCGAUAAUAAGCAACACCAGCAGUAGUUCCUUCAAUGACGACUUCAGUGAUGACGACUACGACGAUGAAGAUGACGAAGACAAUAUCGAUGAAAAAGCAAUUCAUGGAAUUCUCAGCGCCAACGAAUCCCCGCGCCCUUACGGCGUCCCCCACACUGUCUCGAAGACAAGUUCGCAAAAACGCGCCGCCCCCGACGACAAACUCAAAAAGCGCAGCAGCCAAAUCUCUAAAGAACUCUCCGACAUGGUGGUGUACGUCCAAGCGAUCAAAUUCCGCGGCCUCAACACGAUAAGUCCCAGCAGUUCGGUGAAGCAGCGUCAAAGAACGGUAAUGUCGAGUUCCGGCAGUUCGAUCGUGACGACCGGCAGCAGCUCAGCGUCGAAUAUAAGCUCGGGUGGCGGCGGCGGGGUUUCGAACGAAUCAGACGCUACGAUUUUUGAAUCUGAGAUGAAGCAAGUGCGUCCCAAUGUGCAUCUGCCGUGUUAUCAAUGCUCGUCGAUCAAUGAGAACACGGCGAAGAGGCUCUGCAGGAAGCAGCCGCUGGGGGUGGUCGCCCACACGCAAACCCAGCUCAUGAGGACGUAUCCGGCGGGGAUGCGGAUCGACUCGUCGAAUUUCAAUCCGGUUAUUUUCUGGUCGUUUGGCUUGCAAAUGGCAGCGCUGAAUUACCAGACCGACGACACUUCCAUGCAUCUCAACACCACCAUGUUCGAAAUCAACGGCAAGUGCGGCUACGUGAGCAAGCCCAGCGUGAUGUGGGACCGCUCACACGUCAUGUAUCGCAGAUUCAACCCGUGGGACAAGGAGUUCGAUGGGCUGCACUCCUCCCAGGUUGUCAUCAAUAUUGUUUCGGGACAGUACGUUAGUCAGAGCAAUGUCAAUCUCAGCACGUACGUUGAGGUUGAAAUCAUCGGGAUUCCGGUGGAUUGCAACAAACAGAAGACCAAAGUCGUGCAAAAGAACGCCCUCAACCCGAUUUGGAACGACACGUUCCACUUCAAAGUGCAUUUCCAGGACUUGGCCUUCCUGAGAUUCACUGUAAUUGACUCGACGAGUAACCACCUACUGGCCCAAAGAAUCCUACCGAUGAAGUGUCUCAGACCCGGCUAUCGACACCUACGCCUCAGGUCGCCCCAAAACAAGUACUUGCACAUGUCAACGCUGUUCAUCUACUCACGAGUCGAGGAAGAAAGUCUGGAAAACACUGAACACCGGGACGGUUUGGAGCGAACACAGCCCGAGACUGAAGUGCAAGUUGACCCAAACACCGAUCACACUUACUUGGGGAUUUCCGGGACGCCGUUGUGUGUCAAAAGACGCAUGUUCUUCCUAAUGGUGUACGGCGUGGUGUCGGAAGAACCCUACACAAUUCUGAAAAUCACCCAAGAGUCGACCACUCAAGACGUCCUCCUGCUGUGUUUGCAGAAGGCCAACAUACCCGCCAGCAAAAUCAACGACUACAUCCUGGUCGAGGAAGUGGCGCGUGGUUGGGAGAAAAAGGACCAUAACUUACCAGCAACCCAGCGCAUUCUGGACUUGCACGAGCGGCCGCUCCAAGCCCAGUCCCAGUGGAAGGGCGAGGGCCGCUUCAUCCUCAAACGCAUGGGCGACGACCCCAGCAGUCGCGCCUGGUUAUCGUCAAUCCGAAGCGUGGCAAAUCGGGAACGCGAGGCCAGGAAAUCGGACGGCGCCCCGUGUAACGCCUGGGAGGAGAACGACACUUUCCUCGUGUGUAUUUACAACGUAUCGCCGGAAAUCCCGUACGCAAUUCUAAAAGUCCCGCUCAAUGCUUGCGCCCAGGAUGUGCUGGCACAGGCCCUAGUCAAGGCCCGGCGUUUGGAGGACCCCAUGAACUUCGUCAUCGUCGAGGAGUUGGAAUGGGGCGGGACAAGCCACAGCACAAGUCGGGCGCUUGCAGACGACGAGAACGUCUACAGUGCGCAGUCCCACUGGCAGACAAUUGGCCGGUUUAUAAUGCAAGAGCGGGCAAGUGCUACCCCGACUUCGCUCCGGAAGAACCGGAUCACGUCGAGUCUCCGGUUGGCCACUCUGGACCGGAUUAGUCGAGGUUUGAACGUGGCGAGAAGUGUGGCCACGAACAGUAUUAAAGUGCCGGUGCAAGUGGCGCUGAGUGACCCCACCACGUCCAAGUGGAAGAGCAAGACCGGGGAGGACUCCCGCAGCAAGGGAAUCCCGCGAGGGAAGGUCAACUCGGAGAAAGAUACGGCGGUUACGACCAGCACGGCGCAGAAACAGCAAUGUCAAAGGGAGGUGCAUUCAGAGGGUGAAACUUUGAGUGAUGAGGAGAGCAAAGAGUCGGAUUUAAUGGCGACAGUGUCGCGACUUAAGAAAGUUUCUUUAAGAAAGUUCAAAGAGUGGAAAUCAUGACUUCUGGAAUAAACUUUUAGUGCAUUUUAUUAAUACUUUGACAGAUGUUUGUAUUCUUAAUAACAGCUUUAAAUUAGACUAGAUGUAGCUACAUAGAUAGUGUUGAAAGUUUGUAUUCUACAAAAACUAUUUUGCUACUACUUCGUUUGUGUUUCGUGAUAUUUUGGCACUUUUUAUUCUAAAUGAAACUGUUGUGGUUUGAGCUGCAGCCAUGCAAUGGCUUUAGUUGUAUCUCUAUUGUAAAGUCAUCAAUAAAAACAAGUCUCUUAAGAGAAGUUAUAAAAUAGGUAACAUUAGUUGACGAUUUCAAGAGUUUAAAUUUAUUAUGCAUUAUGUAAAGUAUUGUUUUGUUGUUACUUCUCGAUGAUAUUACGACCCCAUCAGUCUUGUUAUCUAAGCAUAUCUCAAAGGUGUUAUACUUUGCCUUGAUGAUGAUUUUUGUGAUGUUAUUAUAUGUUAUAUAAUUUAUUAAAGUUUAUUCAUUUUAUUGUUAUUAACAAAUAUUAGUAAAUUAAUAAUAGCUAAUUAUAUUUAAAAAGAGAAUAUAAUACCUACCUAACUAAUGGAAAAUGUACUUAUAAAAUUGUCUCUAUCAUGUUUCUCAUAUCUCUGAUAUAUUUAUUGACUUUUUCAAUGACUAAUUUUAUUUGUUAACAUAUCCCAAAGAUCAACUUGCAGUAUUGAUAAAUUUAUAAUAAUCGUUCUUGUACCAUAUUUGCAUUGAUGUAAUUUAUAAAAUAUAUCAUAUAUUAUACAUAUACGAAAAUAUAUACUGUUACUUUGUAGUACAAACUUGAAA